GCGUCAUUUUAUUCAAAACAAAACUUUAAAAAUGAAUAGUUUAUACCAGAAAAUGUUUUACAUUUAAGUGAAAAAAAAAACGAACUAAUAUAAAGUUAACUUUGUUGAUAAGAAAAUCGAAAAAAGAGAUUUGUCGUUUACCUAAUUAAACAACAACCAAAUGUUCACAAAAAAUAUAUGGAUAGUUGCACUAUUAGUAGUUGCUUGUUCGUUCAAACUAAAUAAAGGUGCAUCCGAUGGUGACAGACAUUUAAAUGCUAAAGUAAUCAAUUUUUUAAAGUCGUCUUCACAUAUUGAAAAACGAUUUAGAAGACAAUUGUUAUUGAAAGUUGUUGGAAAAGGAAGUAUUACAUUGGAAGGAGAAUGCCAUCCUAGUGUACCACUUGUAAGCUGUGAAAUUAACUAUUGUGAUUUUGCAUCUUGUCCUAACUUUCCUAAUGCUGAAUGUCACUUAAAUUUGUGUGGGAAGUGUGAGCCAGUAUACUAUAUUAAUGGAAGGAAAAUAAAUUGUUAUGACUUUCAGACAACUUCUCCAUUAUUGUUGAACUCAUCGAAAAAUGAUAAUCAUUUGUCACUAUGCUUCAAAGAACGUAAACAAGUUAUUCAAGAAAAUAAAGCAAAUGAAUUUAUUGUUGAUUGUGAACCAAAUGGUUCAUAUAAGCCUAUACAGUGUUGGCCUUCCGUUGGUGUGUGCUGGUGCGUUAACUCAAAUGGAGAGGAGCUGUUUGGAACAAGAAGUUAUUUUCCAAAUAGACCAAGCUGUGAAAAUUUAGUUGAAGGCUGUCGUAGUAAAGAGUUUGGCUGCUGUCCAGAUAAUAAAACAGCAGCACAAGGUUUGAACUACGAAGGAUGCUCAAGCUCAACUUCAAAAUGUGAACAAUUGAGAUCAAUGCCUAAGUUUUUCAAUUUCUCAUUUCGGCCUCAAUGUGACGAUAAUGGUUACUUUAAUUCUGUUCAAUGCUGGGAUGCUUUAAAUCAAUGCUGGUGUGUGAAUAAAGAUGGGUUAGAAAUCAAAGGCUCAAGAGUAAAUGGCAAAAAGCCGGAUUGUUCUGAAGCUAUUUGCGAAGACAAGAGAAAUGAUUGCCAAAAAUUUGCUAUUGUGCCUGAAUUUUGUCUGCGAUUAAAUCAUUUUGCAAAAGAAUAUUGUAGGAAAUCAUGUGGUUAUUGUCCAGUUACUUGUGAGGACAAAAAUGACAAUUGCCCAACAUUUGCAAAAGUUCCUGAAUUCUGUGUUCAUUUGAACCACUAUGCAAAGGAACAUUGUAGGAAAUCAUGUGGUUAUUGUCCAGAGACAAUCCCUACCCAGAUUUCUCCAACACAUCUGACAGAGCUUGUAGCUGAUGUAAAAGAGUAUCAAUCUUUCUGUGAAAUGCCACCUGCUUCUGGGCCAUGCACCAGUGGAAUUAUCAAAUAUUUUUAUAACCCUGUAAAAAUGGUUUGUGAGCCAUUUUUUUAUGGAGGGUGUGGUGGAAAUGAAAAUAAUUUUGACAAUGUCACUAUGUGCUUGCGUGUGUGUGAUAAAAAGGCUAAUUCAAAUGAAAAAGAAACAGUAGUUUCAAAGACUUCUACACCUAACUACCAAGUCACCACUGAUCAACUAUCAUCCCCUAGGAAAAUGUCAACUUAUGAAUUAACAGCAUCUCCUUUUAAUUUUGAUAUAAAAGAUGAUAAUGGGGUAACCAAUAGAGCAACAUUCACUAAUCAAGUAUCGACUAGUCAUACAUCAUCACCUGAUCAAUCAUUAUACAAGGAUCAAACUUUGCUUGCAAUAUCUAGUCAAGAAAGUUUUUCAACCUUUAAAGUUAUCUCAGAAAAAACACCUAUUGUUCCAUCAUCUACUUAUCAUACAUACACAGAUCAAACAUCAAAUGAUGAAAUGUCUCCUACUCAUACACCCACUGAUUUAGAAAGUAUGAACACUGAUAAAAUUUCUUAUUAUCAAACAUCCACUGAUCAAGUAUAUCAUAAUCACACAUAUACUCAUCAAAUAUAUGAAUCUAAAAAGGAAUAUGCAACUGAAAAUUACUUAGAAACUUUGACAUCAAGUACGCCUACCUUAGAUGAUGCAACAUACCAAUCACAAAGCGCUGAGUCUGUUGUGAUCAGUACAACAAAUAUCACAACAAGUUAUUUGAUUUCUAAACCUGAUGAUAUCAAUUUGUUAGACUCAUUGGACUUGAAUUUAAAUGAGUGUAAAGUUCGUACUCUUAUUAUACAAAAACUCAAUUCAAUCCAAGAGUUUGUUAAAUCAAAUACACCAAACUGUACUUCAGAUGGAAAUUUUGCUGAUAUUCAGUGUGAAAAAAAUGGGUAUUGUUGGUGUGUUGAUCAAGAUGGAAAUGAAAUAGCAGAGACAAAGUUAAUCACAAAGCCAAAAUGUCCAAGAUUUAAAAUCUGUAAAGAUACUGAAGAAAAAAGAAAGUGCUCUGAAUAUAACAACCGGAAAUAUUGCAAAGUGUACAAAAACUUUAUGAAAGAACGAUGCCCUAAAACAUGUGGCUUUUGUUCUGAACAUGCUAAGCGACCAGGAUGUGAAAGCAAGUUUGGUUGCUGUGAUGAUGGAAUUACACCAAAACAAGCUGAUGAAAUUAAAUGUCCUGUAUAUAAAAGUAUUUGUGACAUGCCUGUAAAUUAUGGAUCCUGCAACAAUAAAUUUCAGAGGUUUUACUAUGACCAUGGCCAUAAAGAGUGUAAAACAUUUUUUUACAGUGGUUGUCAUGGUAAUAUGAAUAAUUUCUUAUCAAAGGAAGAAUGUAUUCUGCGUUGUUGGAGUCAUAUUUCAAAUUUAACACUAUCUUUGACUACAUUUAAAGGAAUUAUAAUAACACCUUCUAAUAAAUCUUCUGAUGUCUACCAUCAAACAGAUAAUAACCCAUCAACUUUUGAACCAUCAACUUUUGGUGAUCAGGAUAUGUCUAAAUUUAUGCCAAAUACUGCUGAUAUAUUAAAUGAAAACAUGGGAUCAACUUUAUUUUUACCAUCACUUAUAGUAACUACAACAACAUCACUUACAUCACCUCUAACUCUUGAAUCGACAGUUUCCACUGGUCACUGGUCAGCUAAUUCAGAUUUAUCACCUGUAACUUUUGAGCCAACUGCUUCCACUGGUUAUAAUGAGUUUAGUUCCCUGCCAAAUACUGCUAAUAUACUAAAUGAAAACAAUGGAUCAUCUUUGCAUUUACCUUUAGAAAUUAGUGUUUCUCGAGAUUUUAAUACAGACACAGCUGCAUCACUUUUAGUUACUACUAAUACAAAUUUAUCACCUGUAACAUUUAAGCCAACAGCUUCCACUAGUUAUGACGAGUUUAGUUCUCUGCCAAAUAUUGCUAAUAUAAUAAAUGAAAACAAUGGGUCAACUUUACUUUUACCUUUAGAAAUUAGUGUUUCUCAAGAUUCUAAUACAGACACAGAUGCAUCACUUGUAGCAACUACUAAUACAGAUAAAUCACCUUUAACUCUUAAAUCAACAGUUUCCACUGAUCAGGAUGAGUUUAAUUCUCUGCUAAGUACUGCUAACUUACUAAAUGAAAACAAUGGAUCAUCUUUGAAUUUACCUUUAGAAGUUAGUAUUUCUCAAGAUUCUAAUACAGACACAGUUGCAUCACUUGUAGUAACUGCUAAUACAGAUUUAUCACCUGUAACUCUUAAAUCAACAGUUUUCACUGAUCAGGAUGAGUUUAUUUCUCUGCCAAAUACUGCAAAUAUACUAAAUGAAAACAAUGGAUCAGCUUUACUUUUACCUUUAGAAAUUAGUGUUUCUCAAAAUUCUAAUACAGACACAGAUGCAUCACUUUUAGUUACUACUAGUACAAAUUUGCCACCAUUAAAUUUUGAGCCUACCUCUUCCACUGGUUAUGAUGAGUUUAAUUCUUUGCCAAAUACUGCUAAUAUACUAAAUGAAAACAAUAGAUCAACUUUGUUUCUACCUUUAGAAAUCAGUGUUUCUCAAGUUUCUAAUACAGACACAGAUGCAUCACUUGUAGCAACUGCUAAUACAGAUGCAUCACCUCUAACUCUUAAAUCAACAGUUUUUACUGAUCAGGAUGAGUUUAGUUCUCUGCCAAAUACUGCAAAUAUACUAAAUGAAAACAAUGGAUCAGCUUUACUUUUACCUUUAGAAAUUAGUGUUUCUCAAAAUUCUAAUACAGACACAGAUGCAUCACUUUUAGUUACUACUAGUACAAAUUUGCCACCAUUAAAUUUUGAGCCAACCUCUUCCACUGGUUAUGAUGAGUUUAGUUCUUUGCCAAAUACUGCUAAUAUACUAAAUGAAAACAAUAGAUCAACUUUGUUUUUACCUUUAGAAAUCAGUGUUUCUCAAGUUUCUAAUACAGACACAGAUGCAUCACUUGUAGCAACUACUAAUACAGAUGCAUCACCUCUAACUCUUAAGUCAACAGUUUUCACUGAUCAGGAUGAGUUUAGUUCUCUGCCAAAUACUGCAAAUAUACUAAAUGAAAACAAUGGAUCAGCUUUACUUUUACCUUUAGAAAUCAGUGUUUCUCAAAAUUCUAAUACAGACACAGAUGCAUCACUUGUAGCAACUACUAAUACAGAUGCAUCACCUCUAACUCUUAAGUCAACAAUUUCCACUGAUCGAGAUGAGUUUAGUUCUUUGCUAAGUGCUGCUAACAUACAAAAUGAAAACAAUGGAUCAUCUUUGAAUUUACCUUUAGAAGUUCGUAUUUCUCAAGAUUCUAAUACAGACACAGCUGCAUCACUUGUAGAAACUGCUAAUACAGAUUUUUCACCUGUAACUUUUGAGCCAACCUCUUCCACUGGUUAUGAUGAGUUUAGUUCUCUGCCAAAUACUGCUAAUAUACUAAAUGAAAACAAUGAAUCAACUUUGCAUUUACCUUUAGAAAUUAGUGCUUCUCAAGAUACUAAUACAGACACAGCUGCAUCACUUUUAGUUACUACUAGUACAAAUUUAUCACCAUUAAAUUUUGAGCCAACCUCUUCCACUGGUUAUGAUGAGUUUAGUUCUUUGCCAAAUACUGCAAAUAUACUAAAUGAAAACAAUGGAUCAGCUUUACUUUUACCUUUAGAAAUUAGUGCUUCUCAAAAUUCUAAUACAGACACAGAUGCAUCACUUGUAGUAACUGCUAAUACAGAUGCAUCACCUCUAACUCUUAAAUCAACAGUUUUUACUGAUCAGGAUGAGUUUAGUUCUCUGCCAAAUACUGCAAAUAUACUAAAUGAAAACAAUGGAUCAGCUUUACUUUUACCUUUAGAAAUUAGUGUUUCUCAAAAUUCUAAUACAGACACAGAUGCAUCACUUGUAGUAACUGCUAAUACAGAUUUAUCACCUGUAACUCUUAAAUCAACAGUUUUCACUGAUCAGGAUGAGUUUAGUACUCUGCCAAAUACUGCAAAUAUACUAAAUGAAAACAAUGGAUCAGCUUUACUUUUACCUUUAGAAAUUAGUGUUUCUCAAAAUUCUAAUACAGACACAGAUGCAUCACUUGUAGCAACUACUAAUACAGAUGCAUCACCUCUAACUCUUAAGUCAACAAUUUCCACUGAUCGAGAUGAGUUUAGUUCUUUGCUAAGUGCUGCUAACAUACUAAAUGAAAACAAUGGAUCAUUUUUGAAUUUACCUUUAGAAGUUCGUAUUUCUCAAGAUUCUAAUACAGACACAGCUGCAUCACUUGUAGUAACUGCUAAUACAGAUUUUUCACCUGUAACUUUUGAGCCAACCUCUUCCACUGGUUAUGAUGAGUUUAGUUCUCUGCCAAAUACUGUUAAUAUACUAAAUGAAAACAAUAAAUCAACUUUGCAUUUACCUUUAGAAAUUAGUGCUUCUCAAGAUACUAAUACAGACACAGUUGCAUCACUUGUAGUAAUUACUAAUACAGAUACGUCACCUGCAAUUUUUGAACCAACAGCUUCCACUGAUCAUGACGAGUUUAGUUCUCUGUCAAGUACUGUUAACAUAUUAAAUGAAAACAAUGAAUCAUCUUUGCUUUUGCCUUUAAAAAUAAGUGUUUCUCAAGAUUCUAAUAUAGACAUAGAUGCAUCAUUUAUAGUAACUACUAAUACAGAUUUAUCACCUGUAACUCUUGAGCCUACAGCUUCCACCGAUACGUAUAUCUCUACUAUUUUAUUAAAAAAUUUUGAUUUGUCAUAUGAAAAAACUGAAUUGUUAGUGCCAUUUACAGCGGUAUAUAGCAGCAUAUAUUUUAAUAAAGCCUUUACAAAUAUAUUAACCGAUUUAAAUUCAUCGUUGUCACCUGAAAUCUCUACUAAUAUGGAUUUACCAUUUUUCUCUCUUGAACCAACAGCUUCUACAUAUCAAUAUGUGUCAACUGCUCUAUUAAGAAGUCGUCAUAUUUCUAGUGAAAAUACUGAUAUCUUUUUACCUAGAAAGAUUAGUAUUUCUCAAGGAUCUAUUGGUGAGGAUGUUUCUACUGUUUUAACAGCAAGCAUAGAUUCACAACGUGGUUUUAAUAAAUCGUCUGUUCCAUUAACUACAGAAGUUAUGAGUUUUAAAGAUUCUCUUUUAAAUUCUACAAUAUCGGCUUCAUCAUCUACAUUUGAAAUUUCUACUAAAAUUUAGUUUUCAUCCUUUGAUUCGUUGAAUGGCUCUCAUAGCAGCAAUCGCCGAUAUAAAAUCUUUGUUAACGAAAAAAAAUAAAAUAAAUACAAAUAAUAUUUUAAAUAAAUUUUUAAAAUGUAGUAUAAA